AUGGUGUGGGACUGCGUGCAAAUUUUCGCCAUUUCCUUGGCCAGCGCGGUCACUGCCGAAGUGCUGUCGUGGCUGCUCAUCUACCGAACGGAGAGUUACUCCAGUCUGCAGGGCAAGGUCGAGAAGCUCACCAAGAAGCUGGAGAAGAAGAAGGACGGUCCUCAGAGCAUCGACAAGAAGAAGAGCCGUGACAAGCGCAUCGUGCAGUACGAGCAGCAGCUCCAGGAGGCCAACCGAGAGCUCACGCAGUCCAAGAUGAAGUCCAUGUUCGUCAUCGGUAUCACCCUCGUGUCGCUCUUUGGCGUCAUCAACUCCAGCUUCGGUGGCCUCGUCGUGGCCCGGCUGCCCUUCGAGCCGAUGCCCUUGGUGCGCAGCAUCUCCCACCGGGGCCUUCUGGGUGUCGACUACUACGAGUGCUCAGCCGCCUUCAUCUACGCGCUGUGCAGCAUGAGCCUCCGUACCUCCGUGCAGAAGUUAUCAUUCGAACUCGUCUUCGUCGUCACCGAUGAGCGGGUUGGCACGGCACAGUCGCUCAGGGAGCGCUGCGCGGAGUCGCUCGACGUGCUGGUGCCGCCCGAUCCCAACCACCCCUCACGCACGCAGCCACCGACGAUGAAGCGACCACUGUCCCGGUCCCACGAGAGGAGGACCUUGUCGGUGGAGUCGUUGAAGGUGACCAGGGUCAUCUGGGAGCGGGCCACGCGCUUCAGGUUCUGGGUCAUGGUGCCGGGCGCAGUGCGGGCGCCGAUGAAGAUGUAG